GCUCAUAAUAUGAGGAAUUCCCAAAGUUUCGGUCUGUGGAUGAUUAACGCACACACACGCGCCUCUCUCAUCACGGGUGGGUGGACUGAUUGAUCCCGUUGCCAUUGGCGACGCGCCGACAUCAAAGCAUUUGGAUCGGCAUUACAUCAUCACGGGCUCGCGCUGGGUUUGGUCCUCCAGGUGUGACCGCGGCACUUUCUCCUGGGUUUUGCCGCUGAAGGGGCGUCAUCUUCGGCGAGAUAAUGGAGGAUUCCCGCGAGGAGAAACACUGUGUCGGUUUAUCCGGAGCUUUGAUUUCCAGUGAAAGCUGCCCGAGAACGGCUCGCACAGAAAUGUCCUGCUUGGAUUUUUAUGUGUUUCCUCCAGUUGUGACUCGUCGAGAGUUUUUCCUUCUGCUGGUGUUUUGGAUUUUACUGCCCCGUUUGCAGUGUGCUGGAGCGCGUAAGCAGCCUCCUGGUAUUAAAAUAUUAGUUUCUGGACAAUCCAAGGCCGUAACUCAGAAAGUUUUCACAACAGAUGGCAAAGAGUGCAAGUUUCCUUUUCGCUUUGGAGGGACGAUUUAUAACCAGUGCAUCGCUAUGAACUCUAACAAGGCCUGGUGUUCGCUCACACACAACUUUGACCGUGAUCAGAAGUGGGGAUUUUGUAGUUCACACACACGACUGUAUAACGGUUUUCUUCCUCGGCAUGGAGAUCUGAGUGUCUGUCUGUCGAACCCGUGUCUGAACGCUGGUGUUUGUGCCUCGAACACUCACAGAAACUCUUUCCACUGCAUCUGUGCUGACGGAUUCACUGGAGCUCUGUGUGAGAAGAGGAAAUGCUACGAGCCGCUGCAUCUGAAGCAUUAUGAUAUCGGAGAGUCGUGGAGCCGGAUUUACCUGCGGAGCGUGGAGAUGUGCACGUGUGUGAGCGCCGGAGCCGUCUGUGAACGCACACGAUACACCGUGUGUUCCAGAAAUCCCUGUGAAAAUGACGGAGUGUGUAGGAUGAUUGAAGCCACUGGUGAAGAGGUGUGUGGAUGCAUAUCCGGAUAUACUGGACAAUACUGUAAUAUCAACCCAGCAGAGCAGUGUUACCGUGGUUCCGGCUCUGAGUACCGCGGUGUGGUGAAUGUGACUCUCUCCGGCUCCUCGUGUCUGCACUGGAACUCAGAGCUGCUGCUGAACGAGCUCACAGUGGAGACGGUGGACAGCGCCACCCGCAGGGGACUGGGGGAACACGCCUACUGCAGAAACCCUGAUGAGGAUCAGCUGCCGUGGUGUUACACAAUGAUGGACACACACAUUUCAUGGGAGUACUGCGACAUCCCAGCCUGCAGCAAACCACAGCCGGGCCGCAGAGCUCCUGUAAUAAUGUCUGCUCCUCCGCGUCCGUCCCGAAACCCCGCCCGUCCUCCAGUGUGCGGAAAGCGGCACAAGAAGCGCAUCGGCCGGACGCGAAUCCUGGGCGGGACGUCUGCAUUACCCGGCGCUCACCCCUGGAUGGCAGCGCUGUACAUCGCAGACGAGUUCUGUGCGGGAACACUGGUGGCGUCCUGCUGGGUCGUUUCAGCUGCUCACUGCUUCCUGCGCAAUCCAUUAAAGUCUCAGAUUCGGGUUGUUCUCGGUCAGCACUCCUUCAACGACACCGGACCCAACACCAGGACGUUUGCUGUUGCCGACUACAUUUUCUACCCUAACUACACUCAGUUCGAGCCCACCCUAAAUGAUAUCGUGUUGGUGAAGCUGAAGAAGCAAGAUGGUCGCUGUGCUCUGAAAACCCCGUUCAUACGGCCGAUCUGUCUGCCCACGAAAAACACCACAUUCCCGGAUCACUCCUGCUGCAAGAUCUCCGGCUGGGGACACAUGCACGAGAAGGCGAACUCGUACUCUAACCUGAUGGAGGGUGUAGUGAAGAUCGUGCCGUUUGAGCAGUGCUCGUCUGCUGAUGUUUACGGGUCAGAGGUCAGAUCUGGGAUGAUGUGCGCCGGCAGCGACUCCUGCGUGGACGCCUGUCAGGGUGACUCUGGCGGUCCGCUGGCCUGCGAGUGUGAGGGUGUGAGUUUUCUCUAUGGGAUCAUCAGCUGGGGCGACGGAUGCGGACGCUCCGGGAAACCAGGCGUUUACACACUCGUGCCCAAAUACUCGGACUGGAUCAACAGAGUCAUCAGAAAACAAACCGCCGUGAACAGAGUCAAGAUCCGCGUCUGCAUCGGCCGCCAGUGCCAGACAUAACCUGAAGACUUUAUUAUUAUGAAUAUUAAUAUAUUAUCUGAGAUCCUUCAGCACAGCCCGCAUGUUACUGACCAUAACAUAAAUACAGCUGAAGUCUGAGUUAUUAAUCCUCCUGUGCUGUUUCACUCAUUCAGUCAAUUUCCUUCAGUUUAGUCCCUCAUUCAUCAGGGAUCGCCACAGCGGAAUGAACCACCAACUAUUCCAGCAUAUGUUUUACACAGCAGAUGCCCUUCCAGCUGCAACCCAGUACUGGGAAACAGCCAUACACACUCAUUCACACACACUCAUACACUACAGCCAAUUUAGUUCAUCAGUUCCCCUAUAGUGCAUGUGUUUGGACUGAAACCGGAGCACCCGGAGGAAACCCACACCAACACGGGGAGAACAUGCAAACUCCACAUAGAAAUGACAACUGACCCAGCCGGGACUCGAACCAGCGACCUUCUUGCUGUGAGGACAUAGUGCUAACCACUGAGCCACCGUGCCACCUGCACUUUCUAAUCAUAAUAGUGUUAAUAACUCAUUUCUAAUUACUGAUUACCUUUGUCAUGAUGACAGUAAAUAAUAUUAGACUAGAUAUUCUUCAAGACACUAGUAUUCAGCUUAAGUGACAUUUAAAGGCUUAACUAGGGUAAUUAGGGUAAAGUUAGGGUAAUUAGGCAAGUCAUUGUAUAACAGUAGUUUAUUCUGGAGACUAUCCAACACUAAUAUUGCUGAAGAGGGCUAAUAAUAUUGACCUUAAUAUGGUGUUAAAACAAUUAAGAACUGCUUUUAUUCUAGCUGAAAUAAAAUAAAUAAGACUUUCUCCAGAAGAAAGAAUAUUAUAGGAAAUACUGUGGAAAAUUCCAGAAUCUGUUCAACAUCAUCUGGGAAAUGUUUGAGAAAGAGUAAAUGUUGCACAGGAGGACUCAUAAUUUUGCCUUCAGCUGUAUUUAUUUUUUAUUAUUGCGGUUGUAUUUAUAUCGUGACACUGUUAUGCAAAGCGUUAUGCAAAGUUUUUUAUUUUUUUAUAUUUUUUA